ACUUUAAUUUUUUAUCUGUGCUAAUGGCUGGUCAAAUUUUAAUAUAGCCAUUUGCUAAAUUAAAUAAUUUGUAUAAAAUUCAACGCAUUUUCUUAGUAAUACAUACAUUAAAAACUUCUUUUGGAUAUAUUUUCCUGCAAAACUUUAACUUUAACAUUUCCAACUCCAAAAAAAUGUUGGUUAUCUUUUUGUUUUCAUUCUGUAAAAGAGUUAUCAAGUAAUGUGAUUGCGUCAUGUAAGUCCGUACUUGUAUCUAGAUCGUAUUAUAUUAUAUCAGCCCUUAGGAUUGAAUGAUGGAAAACAAACAAUAAUGACUAAACACCGUAAUUUGACUUGAUUACUUGUAAAAAAUAAACACAAUCUGGAUCAAAGGCAGUAUAUUUACAUAUCCUUCAAAGUAUGGAUAAUAGUGAUGAUUAAAAAUAAAUAAGGUUUUUAUCCAAAUCAUGGAGGGGGAAGAAUUUCAGCUCCAUUGGGAGUCCGAGGUUAAACCCAAAACUGAAGUUUCCGAAGAAGUAGUAUGUGGGUUGGAUAAUGUACAGACAGUACCAUAUUCCACCAUGACAACAGAAGAACUUAUAAAUAAUGCUGAUAAUAUAGCUGCAGAGAAUUUAAUGUAUUUAUCUCAAGAUGUUGUAACUUACACUGACUCCUCUGAUAUAGUAGCUGAUCCUAGCGUUGAAUGUGUCACUGAAGAAGUUAUUACUGAUGACUGGGUUAUUACUGGUGGACAGGAAAGAGUGGAGGUGCCUUUUGAACAGUUAAUGAAUCCAGCACAAGAUAUAAAAAUAGAAAAUGAUAUUGAUGUGCCUUUACCGACAGACCAGGAUGAAUACACAGCAAUGCGACCGUUUCCAUGUGAUUUUUGUUCUCGGAGAUUUAGAAAGAAAGCAGCUCUUAUGAAUCACAUGGUGGCGCAUCAGAAUGAUAGACCACAUGCAUGUAACCUUUGUGGUGUUCGAUAUGUACGCAAGUGUGAUCUUAUGAACCACUUCAAGGUCCAUGCUUUUAUACCAGAAGCAACUGAGCAUAUUGUUCAGGAGUAUCCCAGUGAUGAGGAAUUGCCAGAGAGUCCAGUUCUUAAGCCAAAAAAGAAAAGAGGCAGACGGAAAAAGAAACCUGAAGCUAACGGCGUUCCGGACGUGAAUAUGACGUCAGCGCGUACGCAACAGUGGUCCCGUCGCGGGCGUACACCCCCCAGGGCCCCCUCGCCCGCCCCCUCUCCAUCACCCCCACCUUCUCCCUCACCGCCUCCAUCUCCUCCCUCUCCCCUACCACCACCCGCUGACCCUGCUAGGCCCUUUGUGUGUCGAACGUGUGGAGUCGGUUUCGCAAGAGAGAAAGCUUUGCAAUCGCAUUCUAGGAUACACGGCGGAGAUUCGCCUAUAGAGUGCAGCGAGUGUGGGGAGCUUUGUUGGUCGCGAGAUAGCUUAGCGUCGCACGCCGCACAAAAACAUCCGCAUCUCUCACAUUUACCCCGUUCCAUGAAGCAAGAACCCUAUGACGAUAAUUCGGGAGACGAUAUGGACUUCCGGCUAUCACCACUAGCCCACAGCGGCAGUGACCAUAGUAUACGUCAUGGCAUGGUAUAUGAUACGGUCCGUGGACCGGAACUCUUCUGUCAGGAUUGUGGAGUUGCCUUCCAACGCGCUGAUUUGCUGAGGAGACACGUCACUGCUGCCCAUAGCUACAAGCGUCACGACAGCACAAGCAGCACGUGGGAGCAAGAACACACGUGUGACGUGUGCGGCGAGAGUUGCCCCGACGCUCUUACGCUCUUGGCCCACGCUGAAAGACAUGCAGAACGGCAUAGGCCUAAUUCUUCAUCUAGGUUUAAGAAAAUGGCAAAAGGCCGGAAUGCGUCGGGCAGUAAUUUGAGGCAGUUUCCAUGUAGAGAAUGCGGCAAAGUGUUCGGUUCACGAAGUUCUCAGCAGAUCCACGUGCGCAUUCAUACGGGCGAACGGCCGUACGCGUGCCGAUUCUGUUGGAAGGCCUUCGCUGAUGGCGGUACAUUAAGAAAACACGAACGUAUACACACGGGUGAAAAACCGUACGCGUGCGCAGUAUGUCCUCGAGCUUUCAACCAGCGAGUGGUGUUGAGGGAACAUGUGAGAUCGCAUCACUCUGCACCUGAUCGACGGGCGAAUGGCGGAUACCAGUACUCAUGCGCAGUUUGUGGUCGACCGAUGUUAACGAGUGCGGAGCUGGUGCAACAUCUCAUACAGCACUGUGAUGAAAACACCGCUUUGAAGAGGCAACCGCAGUCCGGUCCGCGCAAAUACAAGCGGCGUCGUAAAGUGAAGACUGAGGCGCCUGCCGAGUGGGACGGGUCACCCCCCGCGUCCCCCGUACCCCAAUCCCCCUCUCCGACUCCCCCCACUCCCCCACCCGCGCCCCGCAGAAGGCGACGGGCAGCCGUGGCACCCGCACCACGCCCACGCAUGAUCCACACCUCCGAGGAGACCAGGGCUAGGACCAAACAGGUUCGAACUCGCCGACCGCCUCGACACCCAGCCGACGACUUACGGGCUAUCGCCGGUUCCCCUUCGCCCCAACCGAGGAAUUCCCCUUCUCCUCCCCCUUCGCCCGGUUCACCAGAAGACGCAGACGUGGAUGGACCAUACAAGUGCGAAAUGUGCUCGCUAGAAUUCCCCCGACGCGACGCCCUCUUACUUCACGUCCCUAUACAUAUAUGACGAAGAAAAACCGCUCGGGGAACGCGCGGUAAACGCUCCGGGAAAAAGUAAAUUAAGACGUGUAGAUGUAAUAGUGUGAGAUCCGGUGUAAGAAAUAAAUACCUUUAGCUGUUAUUGAAAAAAUAAUAUAUUGAUUGAUAAUCAUGGAUUCAAUAAAAAAAAAUCAAGCCUGUCAUUUAAUAUAUAAAAUGUAUGAUGGUACAGAAAUAGCGCGUAAUCAGUAAUAUCCCUGGCAACAAUAUAGUUGCGCCAAAAAAAGGUUGAUCUUCACAAAUGUGGGUAUACAUUUCUUAUAUCGCAUCUUCUACAAUAACAAAACCCCGCUAUUUUGCGUCAAUAUUAUAAUUAUACCAAUUAUGUAAGCGGCAUAUGUUGAUUUACAACACCAUUAAAUGAAAUAAAUUUAUAUUUUAACAUGUCAUUCUAAUAUCUAAAUACAUAUACAUAGAUAAUAGACAUUAUUGACCAUAAUAAUUUUACGUGAUAUAAACAGAAACAAGAGCCCCUCUUUACAAAAGUAUUUUGUUGCUGGUAACAUGAUCACAAUAACAUAUUGUUACAUUAUAACUGUUACAAAUUCUGGCUGUUUUACAAUUAUGGUGAAAAAUAAUUGAGUUUGACAUUUUACACACAAUAACUGCCAAAUCUAGACAGUGUUGCCAACAUUGGGUAUUCCCCCCCACAGUUAGGGGGACAUUUUUUUUAGAGGAUAAUUAAUUCUAGAAAGGUUUUUUUUAACAAACGAUUCUAUACAGUUUAUAUUAAGCCUCGAAACCAACCAACAAACUAAACAAAAUAUGAGCUACAACUGAAAUAUAAAAAAGCAACAAAACUCCCAUGAUCGAAAUAACAGCUAUUUUAUACUACUUGAAUGUAAUUUUAAUUCAUUCUUAACCUCAACCUCUCAAAUCGAGUAAAUCCUUAAUAAAUUUAAAAAAAUUUGGCCAGCAGUACGAUAGAGUUCACUUGUUGAACAUACAGAACGUUGAAUAUAUAAUAACCAAAAUAUAUUCGAAACGGCUUGCAAAACAUUAUUUAUUACAUUAAUUCUAUAAAGAAAAUAUUACAUAUCUUAAAAAAGCAAAUGAAGUGAACAUCUUAAUUAUUAUCCCGUCGAGCGUUUUAUGUUAGAAAUAAUUCAUCUGAAUAAUGUUACAUUUGUUUUUGUGUAAAUAAUAGUUAGCUAUAAAUUUGUUUGAAAGAAAUUGUAAAUAUACCAUGAUAUAUUUGCGGAAGAACGAACUUUCACCUAAAUUAAUUGGUUCUGGGAGAUCAUAUUUGAUUUUAGAAAGUUAACUUAUGUUUUCACAGUUAAAGUACCAAAGCUUUAUUUUAUAUUGCAUAAUAUAUUUUAAUUCAGUUUUAGUGGUAUUUAAGAGCCGGCCUCAAUCACUUAAUGAUUCAUUCAAAGCAAUCUUUUCAAAACAAAAUAAUUUAUCUUAUUUCCUGUUAAUAUUGUCUUGACUAUAAAAAUACAAUUGUUACUGACUUGGCAUCACCCAUAUUAUUAAUUAUUAAAAAAAUGUAUAAAUAAGUAAUAAUUCAAAAAUAAAUUGGACGUAAGACUUAAAAUGGAGGAAACGUUACGAUUGCUGUGAUAUAGCAAUAUAAUUUUUAAUUAAUUGAGAAAAAUUGCUAUCUUGACAUGGGUCCUAAAGUUUGAUAAUGGCGUCCGUUUUUAGUCUCUUUUAGUAUUUAACUGAUUGACUGAUUAUUCGAUUAGUUAUCAUCUUAUGUGUUUUGUAUAUAGUUAAGUAAUUAUUGUAUAUUAUUUUGUUAAUAUUUACUUGUCAGGUCAGGUCUGUAAGAUCAAGCAAGACUGCUGACUUAUUUGAUAACAUUCUCGAACUAUUAAUAGUUAAUCAUUUGUUGAAAGUCAGUUCUAUUAACAUUUAUGUUUUUGUAUAAACUUAUUUUAUUAUGUCAAAUAAAGCUGCAAUAAGUUUAAAAAAAAACCUUUUGUUGUGUUUUUUUUACGAAUUUUGAGUGUUAUCUGAUCGCUCUUGUGUCAUGUUAUAAAUAUUUUAGUAUUUGAAAGUUGUGUAUUCUUAAAUAAGACUGUGUCUAAAGUUCUCGGCAUUUGGUUAAACGAGCAGCAAUAGUUUUUUUUAGCUCUUUAGCUAAGCAAGCUAUACGCCAAUAUUAGUUUUGAGUAGUGAUAUUUUAUAUUGUAGCUGAUUCGUUAAUACAUUUCGGUAUUCCAAAACUUGAUUCUGAUUUAUUUGCUUUGACAGUUAAGAUAAUUUGCAGUUGAUGUGUGCAAUUCCCAAAACUCGUUAGUUUUCCAGUUAUAUUAGAUUUUAUUAUUUUUUAAAUCAUAAUUAUUGUAUAUAAACUCCUAGUUUUUAUUUUAUUAAUAAUCGUGAAAAAAUAUUACUACUUAUUGUUACUGAAAAUAAAAGAAAAAGACAACUAAAUGAAUCCCAGGUUCAUUAUAAACACAUUAUUAAUUUAAUCAGUAAUAUUGUAAUAUUCCCUAUAACUGGUGUCAAUAAUAAUGAGUCUUUGAUAUUGAA